AUGCUUUGCUUGCUUGAGGUGCUUUGCUUCCUUGUGAUACUUUGCUUACUUAAGGUGCUUUGCUUGCUUGAGGUGCUUUGCUUGCUUGCUAUACUUUGCUUACUUGAGGUGCUUUGCUUGCUUGCUAUACUUUGCUUUCUUGAGGUGCUUUGCUUGCUUGAGGUGCUUUGCUUGCUGAGAUGCUUUGCUUUCUUGAGAUGCUUUGCUUACUUGAGAUGCCUUAUAUGAUCAUGAUGACAAAAGUGCGAUCCGAAUUGCCUACUUCCAUAAAGAAGGGUCCAUUGGGUGUGUUAAUACCAAUUGUGUUCUUCCAUUCUUAUUCCCGAUGAUUAUUGUCGACAUGCCUUAUCUCCUGUUGUAAUCUCGAUUCUCACCCAAAAUCCUGAAUGUCUGGGAGGGGGCGAACUACAAAAUCCCGAUAGUCGACGUAAUUAAUAAUUACUGCGGUCAUUGAUUUAGGCUAGGCCUACUCUCCACGUCCGAAUGAAGAGCUUCACAUUACUAGCAGUGCAAAAGCUAAGGAAAGAUUAGGCAAUGUGAACUCUAAAUUUUAGGUCUUUGCAUAUACAAUACCUUCUGGAAUAUCAAGGGAUAGAUACCACACGCCUUUUUGCAUUCGCAGUGUACGGUGAGGGCUCUUUUCGGUGGAGCGCUUGUAUUUUUGUUGUUUUAUCAGUUUUCCAAGUAUAUUUGUUCCUCACUUGUCUAACCCCACCGAGCGCGGUCCCUUGCAUGCUAAUGAAGGUAUGGUUGCCGUGUUCAUUUUUUUCAUGUCAAAACGAUCUGUCAAAACUAUAAUACGUUGUUUUGGGGGAGUACUGAAUAUAAAUUGUCACGUGUUGUCUAUUUUAUUAGGCAUCACUCUACAAUGUUGACAUAUCGGAAAUCUAAACUGUCCACGUUGUAAGCUGCAACUUGUUUACAGUUCACAUUGAGCCCUUAAUUCUUUAGGGGCUCAACAAGGCUCUUAGAGUGUCACUCAUAAUAAGUCAAGCCUUCAUAUAGUUGUCCAUAUAAAUCGUCUCACUUUAUAUCUUCUUUAGCUGAUUUACUUACUUGGGAUGCUUUCCUUCCCAACUUUACUUUAGAUGUUACUAUUUUCUUACUUUGCUUACUUGAGAUGCUUUGCUCAGUUGAGGUGCUUUACUUACUUGAGAUGAUUUGCUUGCUUGAGGUGCUUUGCUUGCUGAGAUGCUUUGCUUUCUUGAGAUGCUUUGCUUACUUGAGAUGCUUUGCUUACUUGAGAUGCUUUGCUUGCUUGAGGUGCUUUGCUUCCUUGUGAUACUUUGCUUACUUAAGGUGCUUUGCUUGCUUGAGGUGCUUUGCUUGCUUGCUAUACUUUGCUUACUUGAGGUGCUUUGCUUGCUUGCUAUACUUUGCUUUCUUGAGGUGCUUUGCUUGCUUGAGGUGCUUUGCUUACUUGAGGUGCUUUGCUUUCUUGAGAUGCUUUGCUUACUUGAGGUGCUUUGGUUACUUGAGAUGCUUUGCUUUCUUGAGGUGCUUUGCUUACUUGAGGUGCUUUGCUUUCUUGAGAUGCUUUGCUUACUUGAGGUGCUUUGCUUGCUUGAGGUGCUUUGCUUUCAUGAGGUGCUUUGCUUUCUUGAGCUGCUUUGCUUUCUUGAGAUGCUUUGCUUUCUUGAGGUGCUUUGCUUACUUGAGAUGCUUUGCUUGCUUGAGGUGCUUUGCUUACUUGAGAUGCUUUGCUUGCCUGAGGUGCUUUGCUUACUUGAGAUGCUUUGCUUGCUUGAGGUGCUUUGCUUUCUUGAGGUGCUUUGCUUACUUGAGGUGCUUUGCUUACUUGAGAUGCUUUGCUUGCUUGAGGUGCUUUGCUUACUUCAGGUGCUUUGCUUUCUUGAGAUGCUUUGCUUACUUGAGGUGCUUUGCUUGCUUGAGGUGCUUUGCUUUCAUGAGGUGCUUUGCUUUCUUGAGGUGCUUUGCUUUCUUGAGAUGCUUUGCUUUCUUGAGGUGCUUUGUUUACUUGAGAUGCUUUGGUUACUUGAGAUGCUUUGGUUACUUGAGGUGCUUUGGUUGCUUGAGGUGCUUUGCCUGCUUGACAUGCUUUGCUUACUUGAGGUGCUUUGCUUGCUUGAGAUACUCUGCUUGCUUGAGGUGCUUUGCUUGCUUGAGGUGCUUUGCUUACUUGAGGUGCUUUGGUUACUUGAGGUGCUUUGCUUACUUGAGAUGCUUUGCUUGCUUGAGGUGCUUUGCCUGCUUGACAUGCUUUGCUUACUUGAGAUGCUUUGCUUGCUUGAGGUACUCUGCUUGCUUGAGGUGCUUUGCUUGCUUGAGAUACUCUGCUUGCUUGAGGUGCUUUGCUUGCUUGAGGUGCUUUGCUUACUUGAGGUGCUUUGGUUACUUGAGGUGCUUUGCUUACUUGAGAUGCUUUGCUUGCUUGAGGUGCUUUGCCUGCUUGACAUGCUUUGCUUACUUGAGAUGCUUUGCUUGCUUGAGGUGCUUUGCCUGCUUGACAUGCUUUGCUUACUUGAGAUGCUUUGCUUGCUUGAGGUGCUUUGCCUGCUUGACAUGCUUUGCUUACUUGAGAUGCUUUGCUUGCUUGAGGUACUCUGGUUGCUUCAGGUGCUUUACUUGCUUGAGAUGCUUUGGUUACUUGAGAUGCUUUGCUUACUUGAGGUGCUUUGCUUGCUUGAGGUGCUUUGCUUACUUGAGGUGCUUUGCGUACUUGAGGUGCUUGCUUACUGGAGGUGCUUUGCUUGCUUGAGGUGCUUUGCUUGCUUGAGGUGCUUUGCUUACUUGAGAUGCUUUGCUAGCUUGAGAUGCUUUGCUUACUUGAGGUGCUUUGCUUACUUGAGGUGCUUUGCCUGCUUGACAUGCUUUGGUUACUUGAGAUGCUUUGCUAGCUUGAGAUGCUUUGCUUAUUCGAGGUACUUUGCUUGCUUGAGGUGCUUUGGUUACUUGAGAUGCUUUGCUAGCUUGAGGUGCUUUGGUUACUUGAGAUGCUUUGCUUGCUUGAGGUGCUUUGCUUACUCGAGAUGCUUUGCUUACCGAAAGAUGCUUUACUUGCUUGAAGUGCUUUGCUUACUUGAGGUGCUUUCCUUGCUAAGUAUGCUUUGCUUUCUUGAGGUGCUUUCCUUACUUACCACUCUACGACGCUUGCCUUGAUUGAUUUGCAUGAAAAACUUUUAUCUGCUACUGAUCGUGGUGAAUUAGGGGUUGGUGUCUUUUUGGAUGCCUCGAAACCUUUCGAUACAGUCAAUCAAUCCAUCUUAUUUGAUAAAUUUGAACACUGUGGUAUACCUGGCUUGGCUCUGAAAUAGAUUAAGAGCUAUUUUUCCAACAGACUUCAAUUUGUAGAAUACAAUGGUUAUGUUUCGUCUCGUGCUAAUAUCAUGUGUGGCUUUCCCCAAGGUUCAAUACUAGGGUCUUUGUUUUUUCUGCUCUACAUCAACGAUAUAAUCAACACAUCAACAAUAUUACAAUUGAUAUUAUUUGCAGAUGAUGACAAACGUAUUUGUGUCUUACAAGGACAAAGACUGCUUGACUAAUAUACUGAACGCUGAGCUAAAUAAGUUGUCAAUAUGGUUUAGAGCUAACAUGCUUUCGUUAAACUUGAAAAAAACUAAAUUUAUUGUAUUUAAACAAUGCCAAAAGCGUACAAAUAAAACUAUUCAACUUUUAAUUAAUGGCCAAAAAGUUGAUCGGGUAAAAGAAACAGUUUUCUUGGGAGUAAUCAUGGAUGAAAAUUUAAAAUGGAAACCUGAACUCUCACAUGUCGCCAAUAAAGUUUCUAAAUGCACAGGAAUUAUAUUCGUAAAUCCGGUUUCUAUUUAUCUACGAAAGCUUUACGAACACUAUAUUUUUCUCUAGUCUAUCCAUACUUUUUUUGUUGCAACUUAGUUUAAUUUGGGCCUCUACUUGCAGAACUAACCUUAUUCGUCAUGAGAUUUUACAGAAACGAGUGAUCAGAACUAUAGCUGAAACUACUUUCGAUGCACAUACUGAUCCAAUCUUUCAAAAUCUUGGUAUCUUAAAAUUUCAUGAUAUAUACUUAAUACAACUAGGCUUAUUCAUGUACUCCUAUCAAAACCAUACUCUACCUUUAAAAUUUCAUGGUAAAUUUACCUUACAAAGUCAAAUUCAUUUGUAUUAUACAAGAAACUCGUGUAAAUUUCGUCUGCCUUUCUGUCGUACCCGAACCAAACAAUUUUCCUUAUUUUAUCAUGGACCUAAAUUUUACAACACCUUAAACACCAACAUCAUCAACGCUUCCUCCCCUUUUUCCUUUAAAAGAGCACUUAAGGCAUUUAUUUGUAAUAAUUAUUAGUAUACUAAACAAAAAUCUUGGGAAAAAGCCUUUUAAUAUUCAACGUUUGUAAACUUCCGUAAUAUUGAUUGUAUUUUAAUUUUCCACCUGAUAUUAUUUUGUAUCCCGUCGCCGUAAUUUUUAUACCAUCUUCGAAAAAUUGUAAUUGAGGAGGCCUAAUUAACAUAAGCUUUAUAGUUUCCUUUAGGCCUCCUCGCCAUUUCUUCCUACAUUUUUUUUGGCAUCUUUUUGUAAUUGUAAUCGUGUGGCAAAUAAAUAAAUACAAAUACAAUACAAAUACGUGAGGUGCUUUGCUCACUUGAGAUGCUUUGCUUGUUUGAAGUGCUUUGCUUAAAGAUGCUUAGCUUGCUUGAGGUGCUUUGCUUACGUGAGGUGCUUUGCUUGCUUGAGAUGCUUUGCUUACUUGAGAUGCUUUGCUUGCUUGAGGUGCUUUGCUUGCUUGAGGUGCUUUGCUUACUGGAGGUGCUUUGCUUGCUUGAGGUGCUUUGCUUGCUUGAGAUGCUUUGUUUGCUUGAGGUGCUCUGCUUGCUUGAGCUGCUU